AUGGCGGAGGUGUCAUUGGAAGGUCUCAAUAAUCACAUCAUUCGAGUGCCCACCGGGCUCUUUAUCGACAAUGAAUUCGUGCCUGCAACUGGAAAUGCCACACUCGACCUUGAGAAUCCAGCCACUGCCCAGCAUCUUGCUACCGUCUCCUGCGCACAGGAACAAGACAUAGACAGAGCGGUCCAGUCAUCUCAGAAGGCGUUCGUCAGCUGGAAAUCAGCUUUGCCUUCUACCAGGAGGCAAUUGUUGAGCAAGUUGGCAGAUCUUUUGGAACGUGAUGCUUCUGAUGUGUCAACCCUGGAGUCGUUGGAUGCUGGAAUCUUGUACAAUGACUCCACUAGACUCAACAUUCCUCAGGCUCUGGAGAAUCUCAGAUACUUCUCGGGGUGGGCUGACAAGGUCGAUGGGAUGGCACUCGCUAUUCCCGAGGGCAUGGCGUACACAAGGCGCGAGCCUUACGGCGUCUGCGCGGCUAUAGUGCCUUGGAACUCCCCGUUGAUGAUCACGAUCUGGAAGCUAGCCCCAUGCAUUGCAGCAGGAAACACUUUGAUAAUUAAAACCCCAGAACUUUGCCCACUGUAUGGUCAGAAACUUGCCGAGCUCGUCCGGGAAGCGGGCUUCCCUCCGGGUGUCAUCAACAUUGUGUGUGGACUCGGCCCAGUUGCUGGCCAAAGACUCGCUGAACAUCCAGUCGUCCGAAAGAUUUCGUUCACGGGCAGUCCAGCUGUUGGCAGACAGAUUUUGGCCACCUCGGCUCGCACGAACUUGAAGAAAGUCACCCUGGAGCUGGGUGGUAAGGGCCCGUCCCUCGUCUUCGACGAUGCCGACUUUGAAAAUGCCUUGUUCUGGACAACGAUAGGUAUUACUGCCAACAACGGUCAGAUUUGCGUCGCAGGGAGCCGCAUCUACGUCCAAGACACCAUUUAUGACAAAUUUGUACAGGAGUUCAGCAGACGGAGCCGCGAAGCUGUGCAUGGAGAUCCGUUAUUGGCGACAACCACGAAAGGGCCAAUUAUCAGCGCUCGACAGCGUGAUAAUGUGCUAUCUUUUGUCGACCAGGGCAGGCAGGCUGGUGCAAAGCUCCUUCAUGGUGGUGAGAAACUGCCAGGAGCAGGACAUUUUAUAGCCAAUACCGCUUUUUCGGACGUCCCUCAAGAUGCGAGCAUUAUGCAGCAGGAGAUCUUCGGUCCUUUUGCCAGCAUUUCAUCCUUCAAGACCGAAGAGGAGGCCAUCGCCAAAGCCAAUGACACCUCAUAUGGUUUAAGUGCAGCUGUUUUCACCAGCAACUUAGAUAGAGCGUUCAAGGUCACCGAAGCCAUUGAGGCUGGACAAGUCACUGUAAACAUUUGGGGCACAGUUAAUGCGAACACUCCUUUUGGUGGAGUCAAGGAGAGUGGGUUUGGACGAGAUAUGGGAAAAGAGGCAUUGGACGAAUGGACUGUUCCCAAGGUGGUCAAAUGGUACAUACAGAAGGGGUGA